AUGGCGGGAACAUUUGUUUAUGAAUUAACCAACGAAGAGCGUGACAAGGAUUCAAACUUGAUCAUCACCAAAAUUCGCAACUUCUUUGAACAACUAUACUGGGCUUAUUAUAUUCAUCUGCCAUACUAUUUGAUGAAGAAUGAAGAAGCUUUUGUAUUACAUUUGUUUUUCUUAACUGUGUUGACAGUCUCAGUUUAUGCCGUUUUUGCCUAUUUACCAUAUAAAUUAUUCCAAGUUGUGGAUAGAUUCUUUUACUAUUUAACUGGUGAUGAUUUUAAAAAUCAGUUGGUUGCAUUAGGUAUCGGUGCUGGUAAAUAG